CGAAAGAUAAAAGAGAAUUUCUACACUCAUACGGUGGUUUUUUCUUCGGCCGGUCGGACUGGUCUCGCAGGAAAGCGGAAAAAAUAUACUAAUAGUUAACGUGUCGCAAAUACUUCCAUAUAUCGAUUUCAGAGCUUGAUUGAUUUAAACGGAGAACGAAAACAUUCAAGUGUAUGUCCUUCGAUUGGGGACACACUUUUCCUUUUCGGUGAAUGAAAAAAUCCGCGAAAGGUUGUGAAAAUCAAAACUCGACAUCAGUGUGAUAUAAGAGUUUAUACCGAGUGCCAGGAAAAAUCGAGAAAAACGCUGUGAUAUUUUGGGUUGUUGUUUUUUUUUUUCCUUGAAAUCUGCUAUUUUGCGUGUCCGUGGGUGCGAAUUCCGAUUCUUUUUUGACUGAUUGAAAAACCGAUUUUUGGUGUGUGAUCGAAUAGAGUGUUGAAGUUAAUCAAGUUAAUAAGUGACCAUGAGUCCAAAGCCGCAUGACUUCCUGGUGACGCUACGUAGGAAUUCUCCGCAAAUACCUUGGGGAAUCCGCCUGGUUGGAGGAACAGAUCUCAAUGCGCCGCUAAUUAUCACCCGGGUUCAGGUUAACAGUCCAGCACAGAGGGAACUGCUACGGGGCGAUAUCAUCACGAAAAUUGACCAGUACGAUGCUCGUGACCUGGCCCACAGCGACGCGGAAAACCUUUUCCGCAACGCAGGCAAUGAAAUCAAAAUCACAAUUCGCCGCGAUGACCAGAUUGCCCUUCACCAGAGUGCCCACCAGCCGAACGGUGUCGGUGCUCCUGCUCCGUACAGUCCAGCGCUCAGCCCCAUUCCGUUAGCCCAACCGCAAUCCCAGCAGAAACCACAGCCACAUCUGAAUUUUCCACCACCGGAUCCGACUCCGCUGUUACCCAGGGUUGCAUCACCGCUUCCCCACGGACCCCACGCCUAUGCAGCCGCUCUGGAACAUCCGAUGAAUACCUUGCCGCACACGGUUUUCCCCAAGCUGGACGCUAGCGGUGCCUAUCAGUUACCAAGUCCCUAUCCACCGGCGGCUCCGUACUACGACGAAUCCAACGAGGCGAUUACCAAUCAGCCAUAUCGCACGACACCACUAGUCCUACCCGGUGCCAAGGUACCGAAAAAGGAUGUACUACCAACAGAAUCCUACCUCAGACACCACCCAAAUCCAGCAAUGCGUGCACCACCAGUACAUGACAUCACAGACACGCUGAUGAAACAGAAGGUUGCUGAAACAAUGAUUCACCGAAUCAUAGGAGAUGAGCCACCCAGCGGUCCAAAGAUUGUUCACAAACAGUUCAACUCUCCAAUCGGACUAUACUCGGAUAGCAACAUCGAGAACACCGUUAGGAAUACAGCACCACAACAGAACCAAGCCGUACCAUCGAAUGGAUACACAAACCGUCAUCUGCCCACCAAAAUCGAAGGCUACAAGAAAACCGUAGUCUUCGAUCCGAGCAAGAGCGAAACCUAUCGUGCCCUGCAGGAGGGAGCUGGUGAGGGACUCCAGGAGGUUACCACGCCCAUUCAGCCACGAACCUUUCAGCCGAACCGUUUAGUACCAGGAAAGAAACCGAACGCAAAUCACCCAGCUCCCCAGCCAGAAUACGCCCAACACUUCAACUCGAUGGGAGAAUCGUACGAGAAGAUCCACCAGAGUGGAUCUUUCAGACGUCUGAUGUACCACGUACUGUCCGAAACCGACUACUAAAGCAAGUUUCAGCACCGUUAGCGUUGUUUUAGGUUAAGCCAAACCAGGAGAGGAACCAAAGUUCAUUUACUUCUUUGAAACAAGAAAGCGCUUUUAUGAACCAGCAGAUCACUUGUUUGAAACUGUUUAGCCCACAUGACGAUGAGCAGUAGCUUUUGUAUAGUUUAGUAGAGAUAUAUUUUGAAGAGUCACACUCGAACUAUUGUUGAGGAGAGAGCAUUAUCCUAUUUUUAUGUUUCAGACUUGCUCGUAUCGAUGAUGUAAAUAAACCUUUUCCACUUGUUGAUCAUUUGUAUGCAAUGAUGACAAAAUUAACAGUUUAUCAACGAACCGGAAACGGAUAACGAAUGAUUCAGUCAGUUUCAUCAAGUAACCUAUCUAAGAUAAUAUCUAUAUUAUUAAAUGUUAACAUCAUAUUUUUGUUAGAAUAUUUUCUGUUACUAUUUACAUUAUUUAAAAAAAAAAUCAUUUUUUCUCAAUAACUCAGCGAUCAGUAAGUGCAAUUAACGGAACAGUUUACUGUGAUGACAGUUGUUUGAACGAUGAGGAAAUUGAGGUAGAGUCAAUGUUCUAGUCAAAGCUAUACUCUGAGGCGAAUAAAGAAAAACCGUACCGAAAAAAAUGAUAACAUCUCACACCAGAAUGCACGUACAGGUUUCACUUUAUUCAAGAGAGAGAGGCAAAUAGCAAAACCACAUAUUACAUCUAGCUAUAAUUGAAAUUAUUCUUCACUAGCUUCUGUUAUAUCAAUUAACUUAUUCGAAAGGUAGCACCGUUGAAAAUAAUCCGUGUGCCAUUUAGCAAUAAUCUACCGGAUGAUACGGAGAAAAUUUAGUUUGCUUAUGAGCUGAGACGAAAAGAUUGCUUAAAGUUAAAGUAUGAUGUAAAAUCACUAAGGCUUUUGUGACAAGCAGAGCAGACGAAUAAACCAGUUUAUUGAAGGCACAAUA